AUGUUUCGGCGUCUCUGCGCCGGCGUCCACCGUCGACUUCAGGCGACCGCCACUCUCGGCCAUCGUCGGACCGCCGCCGCCGCCUCUCGUCCACACUUUCUGGGAUUCGACAAACCCUAUUCUGUUUCCUCCGUUAGCGCCGACGAUCCCUCAUCCCCGACCGCCUCCUUCCUGGCGAGAUCGUGCGGGAUCUCCGACCAUGCCGCCUUCUCCAUCUCCAAGAAAGUCCAGAUCGACGCCCUCGACAAAGCGCUCCGGGUGCUCGCCCUCCUCAAGGACUACGGCUUCGACGAAGCCCAUCUCGUCCGCCUCGUCGACCGCUGUCCUCGUGUCCUCCUGAUGGGCAUCGAGAAGACCUUGAAAUCCAAGCUGGAGCUCUUCCGCGGGAUCGGCCUCGUCGGAACCGCCCUCCCGGAGGUCCUGUCAGCUAGACCCUUUCUGCUUACGUACCGCGUGGAGAAGCGAUUGGUCCCCCACGCUGAGCUCCUCAAAUCAAUGUCGAUAACGAAUGCGACCCUUGUGGAUGCCCUAAAGCAGUCAACUUGGUUGAUCACCUUCGGCGCCAGAACUACCGUGCUUCCCAAGGUCGAUGCUCUGCGCGCAUACGGCGUGCCCGAUGAGGUAAUCUUACUGCUUUUGAUCCGCUACGGCCACGCUUUGGUGACAGAUACAGAUCGAUUCAAUGAGGCCUUUGGCGAGAUAAAGAAGAUGGGCAUCUGUCCGAAGAAAACCACGUUCGCCCGUGCCCUCGGGGUGCUCGCUGCAUUGCCCAAGAAGAAGUGGGAGGAGAGAGUGGAGAACUUAAGGGGAUUGGGAUGGUCACGGGAUCAUGUCUUGGAGGCCUUCGCAAAACAGCCUCACAGUGUGGAUAUGGACUGA